AUGGCUGAAGAAGAAAUAGAAUUACUUGAAAAAGUCGAAUUUCGACUUGCGCUUGCUGAAACUGACGCUCAACUAGAAAAAAUCCUUGAUGCUUUUUUGAGUCCAAUACUUCUGAAGUUGGCAAGCUCUCAUGAAGUUGUACGGACCAAGGUCAUGAGUGUAUUAACUCAUAUAAAUAAACGAACUCGGUCAAAAAAUGAUAUCAAACUUCCGUUGAAUCCACUUCUUGAUCUCGUUUGUACCGACAAAGUCACUCAAUCAGCAUUUGUUAAAAAUUUUGCCAUAAUAUAUCUUGAAAUGGCUUAUUUCCGUUUAAUAGAAGAGGACAAAAUUAGUAAUCUGCCGAAUUUGAUUAAUAAUAUUGCCUCAAAACCUCCAGCACUAAAGCAACCUUUAUUUCACAUCAUACUUACGGUCUUGCAAAAAUUCAAGCCAAAACCUGCAGAUUCUCCUUCAUCAUUAGAUCCUUUUAAUUUCGCAGAAAAUCUAAAUGAUGCCAAGUUUUUGCUAGCAUCAUUUUUGAAUGUUAUUCUAUAUAAUGUACCACAACAGCCAAAGUCACAACUUCAACAAUCGACUGGUGGUGAUUCUAGCUCUGGGCAACAAGAAGUAUCUCAAAAUUUGGCACAACUUCCACCACCGGGUAUGAGCAUAAAAGCCGUGAAAUUUGUCACUAAUGAUGGAAAAAUACAAUGGUCUGAGAGGAUGUCAGAUCUCAAGCUUAUCAAGUUGGGGAUUCUUAGAUUCAUCAAUUCAACAGUAGUACUACCGGAUUCAUUGUCUGAAGAAAUUCAUUUGGCUAAAUUUUUGAUUCUUUUGGUAGCUAGUUGUGAUUCUGUUAAUGAAAUUGUUGAUGGAGGUGAAGAUGGGAUUAAGAAAAUGAAAAGACCUGAUAUGGAAAAUAUAGGAGUAGUUAAAAAGUUAUAUUUUCUAUAUCAAGGCACUGUUAAUCAGGGAUCUGCAGCAUCAACUCAACAAGAAACAUCACAACAACCAGCAUCAUCUGCCCUUAAACUUAAAAUAAUAGGUUAUCUUUGUAGAUCUAAGUUAGCAACAAAUACAUUUCCAUCUAUGUUGCAAGUUGCAUUUGAUUGUUUGUAUG